AAAAACAUGGAAACUGCAAAUCAGACAAUUUCUGAUUUCUUUCUUCUGGGACUUAGUGAUGAUCCAGCUAUGCAGCCUCUUAUUUUCAGUCUCUUCUUGUCUAUAUACUUGAUCACCAUCUUGGGGAACUUGCUCAUCAUCCAGGCAGUCAGCUGUAACUCCAACCUCCACGUGCCCAUGUACUUCUUUCUCUCCAACCUGUCCUUCAAUGAUAUCUGUUUAAUCACAACCACCAUCCCGAAGAUGCUGGUGAACAUCCAAACACAGGAUCAGAGCAUCAGCUACACAGGAUGCCUUUCCCAAGUCUGCUUUGUUUUGAUAUUUGGUAGUGUAGAAAACUGUCUCCUUGCAGUGAUGGCCUAUGACCGCUAUGUUGCCAUCUGUCACCCUCUAAAGUACAUUGUCAUUAUGAACCAGCAUUUCUGUGUAAUAAUGGUUUUGCUCUCUCUGUUCAUUAGCAUUGUGCAUGCUCUACUCCAUACUCUAAUGGUGCUGUCGAUGUCCUUUUGCACAGAUGUAGAAAUUCCCCACUUCUUCUGUGAACUGGCUCAGCUCAUCAAGCUUGCCUGUUCUGAUACUUUUAUCAAUAACCUUCUGGUGUACACACUGUCUACUCUAUUUGCUGGUGUUCCACUGUUUGGGAUAAUAUUGUCUUAUAUUCACAUUGUGUCCUCUGUUUUGAGAAUAUCUUCAUUGGGAGGGAAGUACAAAGCUUUUUCAACCUGUGCAUCUCAUUUGUCAGUGGUGUCCUUGUUCUAUGGAACAGGUUUUGGGGUAUACAUUAGCUCUGCAUUAAUUGACUCUCCCAAGAAGACAGCUGUAGCAUCGGUGAUGUAUUCUGUGGUCACUCAGCUGAUGAACCCCUUUAUCUAUAGUCUGAAGAACAAAGAUAUGAAAAAAGCCUUUAGAAAAUUCAUUGGUGUGCUAAAAUUUCCUGUAUAA